UUGUUCCGACUUCCUUCGUUCCUUCAUUCCAGUAACAGAUCGCGUCAAUGAUGUGUCGCGUUCUUGGGUGCUGAGAGGUUGGGAGAAGCGGCUUAGCUGCAUAUUAUCGGUGUGAUCAGGAGGUGCACAAUGCUCCUGUUAGCAUUCGGCUCGAAUGCCCACGGCCAACUCGGAACCGGUGCGACGGACGAUGCGAGCGUCCCAACAACUUGCUUGGUACCCAACUCACUUACAACUUCACCUCUUUGUCUCGCAGGAGGUGCGAACCAUUCUGUCAUUGUAACGGCAGAUGGGAGUCUUCUUGCAGCAGGUGCCAAUGACCGCGGACAGUUGGGGAUCCCUGGAACAAGGGAGUUGCAUACGUUUUCACCCGUGGCGAUCCCUAUCGUCUUCCCCUCUCCAGUCUUCCGAUAUGUGGCUUGUGGAUGGGACCAUACGCUCGCACUAACAAGUGAUGGAGACCUGUAUGUCUUUGGGUCGAACGAGUUUGGACAGUUGGGAUUGGGAGUGGAUACGAAACAGGUGGAUCGGCCUAUGCGAUUGGACAUAGGGACCGCAGUGGAGAAGAUUGCGGCAGGAAUGCGGUAUUCGUUGAUAUUGACUCGAGACCAACAAGUGUGGGGCUGGGGUGCAAAUAAAUAUGGCGAACUUGGCGAGAUCAGCAAGCCCGAGACCAUUAAUGGGAAGGGAAAUUUCCCGCGCAAACGUGCACCGUCAGUGUACUACCCGGCACGUCUCAAUGUACCGCCAUGUAGCGAUAUUUCCUGUGGCCAGCACCACAGUAUUCUGCUCACCCGAGACGGCCGACUGCUGGGCCUCGGCCGAAACCGUCAUGCACAGUUGGGCCAUUCACCGGAUACAAUGCCUGAAACGCGGAUACCAAUCCCCAUCUCGUUACCUGCAGACUCCCUUCCCAUUGAACUUUUCUGCGGAUGGAGCUUUACAGGUAUCAGAUGUAGGUCUGGACGGGUUUUCAUAUGGGGACGCAACGACCACAACCAGCUCUCAGAGGCAAAUGAUGAAAUACUGUCGCGAGGGGGCCGAGCUCUCCAAGAUUCAACCCAUGUUGCGUGUGGAUCUGAACAUGGCAUUGCGAUCAAUCAGGAAGGACGUUGUAUGGCGUGGGGUUGGAAUGAACACGGCAAUUGCGGAGUCGGCAGCACAACGGACAUCACAGAACCCACUGUUGUCAGAGAUAGAGGCGUAACGCUCGUUGGUUGCGGAUAUGGACAUUCACUCAUUUAUGUACAUGAAUAGAAAAGCUAGCUCAAAUGUACGUCAAGAAAUUGCCAUUGCAUUUCACCGACCAUCCAAAGGAGCGGGCCGUACAACUCCAGCAUGGCACCCGUUUCUUAACGCCGUCCCUCUUCUUUACCC